GAGGCUAUCUUUAGACAGGUGGACGCAAAACGGAAGCGGAAAUUUCCGCAGUUGCCUGGAAGACGCUGCUUCCUUCCCUUCCCCAUCACCCAAGGAUCAUUUCUCCAGCUCUGUGGCUGUCGGAGCUAAUGCUGUCCCGGUGGGAGGCACAGGGUAUAAGCAGCCAGUGAGUCCAGAGCAAGAGAGACCCCUCCUAUAACCUUUUCAAUCAGUGCUGUACGCUGACUCAUCUGUCACCAUGACGCACUCAAUGCUGCGUAGAACACUGAAGAACCUGGUUCAGAACUUCUCUGAGGCCGAAGUCAAGGUCAGAGAGGCCACCUCCAACGACCCCUGGGGCCCCUCCAGCUCCCAGAUGUCCGACAUCUCUGACCUGACGUACAAUGUAGUGGCCUGCAACGAGAUCACGGGCAUGCUGUUCAAGCGCCUCAACGACAUUCAAGACUGGAGGCACGUGCACAAGUCGCUCAUGCUGUUGGAGUAUCUGCUGAAGACAGGUGCAGAUGGGGUCGCCACCGCGGGCCAGGAGAAUGUCCACGUGGUCAAAGCUCUCACCGAGUUCCGCUUCAUAGACAAAGAUGGGAAAGACCAGGGCGCUACUGUCAGAGAGAAAGCUAAGCUUGUGCUGGUGCUGAUUGAGGAUCCAGAGAAACUAAAGGAGGAGAGGGAGAUGGCAAUGAAACACAAAGAUAAACUAGCAAAGGCAACCACGGCUGCGGAGGAAGCAGUAGCUGAGAAAGCAAAGCCAGUGGUCCUACCCUACACUGGCCUCCCCUCGCUGGACAACAUUCCUUCAGUGGCCGGCCUCAUGGCUGAGAUGGCUGCCAAGAAGGAUGAGAAACGCAAGCUGGAGGAGGAGAAGAAACUAGAGGAGCGACGGGCAAAAGGGGAAGGUAGUGAGAUACUAUGGGAGCAGGCAGCCACUACAGCACCUCCCUCUGGCUCAGACCCGUGGGGCGCCACCUCAGGACCUCCAAAGGAUGAUGCUCCAGCUAAAAUUGACCCCUGGGGGGGCGCAAGUGAACCAGACGCUGCCAGCAAUGAUCCCUGGGGUGGCGGAUCAGACACUUCCCCACCCAAAGAGGCUCCUCAAACUAAUGAUCCUUGGGGUGGAGGUUCUGAUGGUGUGGAAAAGGAGUCUGCCCCUGCUAGCAAUGACCCAUGGGGUGGUUUGGGAGAUGCCCCAUCGAAGGACGCUUCUGCACCUAAUGAUCCUUGGGGUGGAGUAUCAGACAUUGCCCCGAAAGAUUCCCCCCCUCCAAGCAACGACCCAUGGGGUGCUUCGGGAGAUGCCCCAUCAAAGGACACUCCUGCAACAAACGACCCUUUUAGUGGAGGGUCAGACAUUGCCCUAAAAGAUUCUCCCCCUGCCAGCAACGACCCAUGGGGUGCUUCGGGAGAAGUGCCAUCCACAGAGGCACCUGCAGCAAAUGACCCUUGGGGUGGGGGAUCAAGUGACGCCCCAAAAGAUUCUGGCCCCGCCACCAAUUACGCUUUUGGUGGAGGAUCAGACAUUGUCCCAAACAAUUCUGCCCCAGGCGGCGGAGACCUAUGGGGGGCACCGCUCGACGCACCUGUGGAAUCUCCACCAUGGGAGACACCUGCUGCCAAAACCUCACCUGACGCAGUCCCAGCCAACUCCGACCCCUGGGGUGCCCCAACAGAGGCGAGCAAACCCAAACCAGACCCAUUUGACACACCAUCAGAGUCCCAAGAACCCAAACCAGACCCAUGGGAUGCUCCAUCAGAAGCACGUGAAACCAAGGCAGAUCCUUGGGAUGCACCAUCUGAUAUCCCUCAAGCCAAGGCAGAUCCUUGGGAUGCACCAUCUGAUAUCCCUCAAGCCAAGGCAGAUCCUUGGGAUGCACCAUCUGAUAUCCCUCAAGCCAAGGCAGAUCCUUGGGAUGCACCAUCUGAUAUCCCUCAAGCCAAGGCAGAUCCUUGGGGUGGAGGAGGGGAUGGGGCAUCAGCAGCAUCACCCUCCGAACCAUUUGGUGACGGCAAGGCAGACAGUGACCCUUGGGGUGCCCCAGCCACAUCUCCUCCUCCUAGUGGAAAUGACCCAUGGGGGGCUCCGCCAGCGGCCCUCCCCAGCCCCGGAGGUGACCCCUUUGGAGGCGCUACAGAUGCUUGGGGAACGCCGACCAAAAGUGCUACUAAUGGUGACCUGACAGAGGGAGCUAAGACAAAAGCCUCCACACUGUCUGCUCCCCAGGGCCUCUCAGCAUGGCUAGACGGGCUUUCCCUGGACUUAACCAUGCCUAGUAAAGGGGUCAACCAAACCACCCCUGUGGCACCCAGCUCUUUUGGUUUCACCCCUGUCACAUCCAGCUCCUUCCAAUCUCUAAGCACCGCUGGCCUCAUGGGCAUAUCCAGCUAUACUCCACUCCUCCCCCAGGGAGCCCCUCACCACCUCACCCCCAUAGGGGGGUUUCCUACCUCGGCGCCCUCCUGGGGAGCUGGGAUGGUGGCACCCCUCCGGCAAGGGGCUCCCUAUGGAAGGUCUCCCAGCAGCGUGGCUGGUACACCAAUGGUGACCGGGAUGGGGAUGCCUUUUCAGCUUCCUCGGCAGCCGUUUGGUGGCGGUAUGGGUGUAGCUGGUGCAAACGCAAACAACCCUUUCCACCACUGAAGACAUCCAUAACCUAUGAAUGUUUGUACAUCACCCACCCAUCUCAUUCCACAUCUCAUUCCUACCCAUCCACCCACCCACCCACCCACCCUGAUGCUGCACCCACAAACCUCCUUUGUAUGUAUGAUAUACUUUACUAUGUAUGAUGUACAUGAUGUGUGGAGAUUAAAAAAACACUAUUUAAAAUCAAUAAGAAGCAUUAUAUGCGCAUAUGUGGUCUUGGCCUUGGCGUCUGGGGGAAAGAAAUGCAUGUCUGUUGAGCCCCUCAGUAGAGUGAAUGUGUACACUGAUUGAAAGGGUGAGAGAAUGAGGUAGAUUCUUUUCUGUUAGUUAGUUAGUGUUUUGUUUAGUUCAUCCCCUCGUGCUGUAGUUGUAUUCUUUCAGGGUGUGAAUUGUGAAGGGCAGUAGAUGUGAAACACACACCCUAGCAUCAGUGUAAACCUUCUGGCUCCUCUGUUGAAUCAAGAACUUUGGGAGGGUCUCUUCAGAUUCAAACUCACCCUGCAAACUGACCCACACAAAGCCACUGCUUCAGUCAAAAAAUAUCUACGGUCAAGAUCUCCAGACAUUGCUUUGACAUGUCCGGUCAAAGAUGGCUAAUGGUCAGAAGACAGAAAGAGCAUAUCUCAAUACAGCAGCUAAGCAAAUAACAGAGGACUCAUCCAGCCACCGUGGCGCUUGCCACUGUGCUAAUAAGUGAAAUCAUACGAGUUGAUGUUUUUUUUUUUUUUUUACCAUGCUACAACAUCUGUUUUGUGGACAAAAAUAUUGGAGUGAUGAUGAUGAUGUAGCUUGGAACAAAGGCUGCAAAUAAGCACAUGGUUGACCCUAUAGGUGUUAGGCACAGGGUGGAGCCAGGGGGGAAUGUGGGCAGUAGAGAGUGUCUUGCUUCUGGAACAUUCCAAUCAGCAUCUCAUUGUGUCAGAGGGCAGUUCUGGCGUUCUAAGUGAUCGAUGGGACAAUAGCCUGUUGUGCAUCUAUUUAUUUAUUUAUUUGUUUCUUUUAUUUAUUUAUUUAUUUCAAUUGUUGAAUUGUUAUUUGUCAUCUGGUUGUUUGAAAAGCUGUUUUCCUUAUCAAUCAAACCAGUGGGUCCAUCAUAUUGGUUGUUCUGAGUGCCUGUGGCUUUAGUCUGACCAAGAGCAACGAAAUGAUGCAAUCAAAUCAACAGAAAUACAUUUAACUGAGGGGGGGUAUAUCUAUUUUCUGUUCUCUUUCUUAUUCGGCCAAGGGGUGCUCUGUGUUGAUGUCUGCGGUUACUGUUAAUGGUAUACAUAUAUAGUGAGAAAUAUGAGUUGGUUUUAUAUUAAAAAUGAAUAUAUUUAUUUUACCAGGUAUGUCAAAGGAGUGUUGUUUUCCCUGUGAAAGUGCACAAUUGAGAAAUAAACUGGACAAGUGACACACUGGA